AUGUUCAGAAGCGCCCUUCGCCAGAGCGCCCGCGUGGCCACCGUCGCCGCUGCUUCGUCGAGAAUUUCAGCUGCCCGCGCCGCCGCUCCCGUCGCUGCCUCCAUCCGUGGCUACGCCGACAAGGCCUCCCCCACUGAGGUCUCUUCCAUCCUCGAGCAGAGAAUCCGUGGUGUCCAGGAGGAGUCUGGUCUCGCCGAGACCGGCCGUGUCCUUUCCGUCGGUGAUGGUAUCGCCCGUGUUCACGGUAUGGCCAACGUCCAGGCCGAGGAGCUCGUCGAGUUCGCCUCCGGUGUCAAGGGCAUGUGCAUGAACCUCGAGGCCGGCCAGGUCGGUAUCGUUCUUUUCGGUUCUGACCGUCUCGUCAAGGAGGGUGAGACCGUCAAGCGUACCGGAGAGAUUGUCGACAUUCCCGUCGGUAUGGGUCUUCUCGGCCGUGUCGUCGAUGCUCUGGGUAACCCCAUCGAUGGCAAGGGUCCCCUCAAGACCACCGAGAGACGCCGUGCUCAGCUCAAGGCUCCCGGUAUUCUUCCCCGUCAGUCCGUCUCGCAGCCCGUACAGACUGGUCUCAAGUCCGUCGACGCCAUGGUUCCCAUCGGCCGUGGUCAGCGUGAGUUGAUCAUUGGUGAUCGUCAGACCGGUAAGACUGCCGUCGCUCUCGACGCCAUGCUCAACCAGAAGCGUUGGAACAACACCUCUUCCGACGAGUCCAAGAAGCUUUACUGUGUCUACGUUGCUGUCGGUCAGAAGCGUUCCACCGUCGCACAGCUCGUCCAGACCCUUGAGGAGAACGACGCCAUGAAGUACUCCAUCGUCGUUGCUGCCACCGCCUCCGAGGCUGCUCCUCUUCAGUACCUUGCUCCCUUCGCCGGUACCGCCAUGGGAGAGUACUUCCGUGAUAACGGCAAGCACGCCGCUGUUGCUUACCGUCAAAUGUCUCUGCUCCUCCGUCGUCCUCCCGGUCGUGAGGCUUACCCCGGUGACGUUUUCUACCUCCACUCUCGUCUCCUCGAGCGUGCUGCCAAGAUGAACGACAAGCUUGGCGGUGGUUCGCUCACUGCCCUGCCCAUCAUUGAGACCCAGGGUGGUGAUGUCUCCGCUUACAUUCCCACCAACGUCAUUUCCAUCACUGACGGUCAAAUCUUCUUGGAGGCUGAGCUCUUCUACAAGGGUAUCCGUCCCGCCAUUAACGUCGGUCUUUCCGUCUCGCGUGUCGGUUCCGCCGCUCAGCUCAAGGCCAUGAAGCAAGUCGCUGGUUCGCUCAAGCUCUUCUUGGCCCAGUACCGUGAGGUCGCCGCCUUCGCCCAGUUCGGUUCCGAUCUCGAUGCCGCCACCAAGCAGACCCUGUCCCGUGGUGAGCGUCUUACCGAGCUCCUCAAGCAGAAGCAGUACAGCCCCAUGGCCGUCAACGAGAUGGUUCCUCUCAUCUACGCCGGUAUCAACGGUCACCUCGACAGCGUUCCCGUUGCCAAGAUCCUCCAGUGGGAGGCCGACUUCCUUAACCACCUCCGCACCAACGAGAAGUCCGUCCUUGACCAGAUUGACAAGGAGGGUGCUCUCAGCAAGGAGCUCGAGGCCAAGCUUAAGGAUGUUAUCAAGAGCUUCACCUCCAGCUUCUCGUAA